AUAAGUAGAAGAAGAAAAUGGAUAUACGUUUUAUAUUCAUUGUCUUUCUGCUAGAAUGGACGUAUGCACAAGGUUCACAUCCGCCCCGAAUAGUGGAACAUCCCAUCGACACCACCGUACCGAGACAUGAGCCAGCGACGCUUAAUUGUAAAGCGGAAGGUUCACCGAUACCAACCAUACAAUGGUAUAAAGACAGAGUACCAUUGAAAAUAUUGCCAGGUUCACACCGGAUUACCCUGCCAGCCGGAGGAUUAUUUUUUCUCAAGGUUGUGAAUUCAAAACGUGAAACGGAUGCCGGCGUGUACUGGUGUGAGGCUAAAAAUGAGCUGGGUGUAGCGCGUUCACGUAAUGCUACCUUGCAAGUGGCGGUAUUGCGUGAUGACUUUCGCUUAGAACCUCAAAACACACGCAUAGCACAAGGUGAUACAGCAUUACUGGAAUGCGCUGCACCCCGUGGUAUCCCCGAACCGGCGGUAUUGUGGAAGAAGAAUGGCCAAAUUUUAGACUUGGAAUCGUCAAAACGCAUACGUUUGGUUGAUGGUGGAAAUCUGGCCGUACAGGAUACCCGUCAAAGUGACGAGGGUCAAUAUCAAUGUGUAGCCAAAAAUCCGGUUGGCAUACGAGAAUCAAAAACAGCCACAUUAAAGGUUCACAUUAAGCCAUUUAUUAUACGGGGCCCUCAUGAUCAAACCGUUUUAGAAGGUUCCUCUGUAACGUUUCCUUGCCGUGUUGGCGGCGAUCCAAUGCCUGAUGUUUUAUGGUUGCGUACGGCUUCUGGUGGCAAUAUGCCAUUAGAUCGUGUAAGCGUUUUAGAAGACCGUAGUCUCCGUUUGGAACGCGUUACCGUCGCUGAUGAAGGAGAGUAUAGUUGUGAAGCUGACAAUGUCGUAGGUGCUAUAUCGGCUAUGGGGACAUUAACAGUUUAUGCACCACCAAAAUUUAUACAACGUCCUACGAGUAAAUCUGUAGAAUUAGGUGCCGAUACCUCAUUUGAAUGUCGUGCUACCGGUAAUCCCAGACCCACCAUAUUUUGGACCAUUAAAAAUAACAAAUCAAUUAUAUUUCCCGGAGCACCUCCAUUAGAUAGAUUUCAAAGUAUAAACACCGAAGAUGGUCAUUCAAUAUUAACUCUGACCAAGUUUGAUCGUAGUGACAAAGAUUUGGUGAUAGUUUGUAACGCCAUGAAUGAAGUGGCAACCAUAACAACAAGAGCUCAAUUAACAUUAGACUCACAAGAGGAUCGACCUCCACCUAUCAUAAUAAUGGGACCAGUUAAUCAAACACUACCCGUCAAAUCUAUGGCUACACUACAUUGUAAAGCAAUUGGUUUACCUAAUCCCACUAUCUCAUGGUUUCGAGAUGGUAUACCAGUACAUCCUAGUGUAAAGAUUAACAUUACCAGUGCAGGCGAUUUAAUAAUUUCUGACUUGGAUAGACAACAAGACCAAGGUCUUUACACAUGUGUGGCAAGUAGUCGCACAGGCAAAUCCACAUGGAGUGGUUAUCUGCGCAUAGAAGUGCCAACAAAUCCUAACAUAAAAUUCUACAGGGCACCCGAGCAAAGCAAAUGCCCCUCCGCGCCUGGCCAACCGAAAGUAUUAAAUGCUUCUGCUAAUGCUUUAACUAUUGUAUGGCCUACAAGCGAUAAGGCAGGUGCCUCACCGCUGCUGGGCUAUUCAGUAGAAAUGUUCUCGACAAACAAAAGCAAAACUUGGAUACCAAUUGCGUCACGAUUGACUGAGCCUAUUUACACAGUUGAUGGAUUGACAAAUGGUGCAGCAUAUAUAUUCAUUGUAAGAGCUGAGAAUGCAUUGGGCUUCUCGCCUCCCUCACCCAUUUCGGAGCCAAUUACUGCUGGGCAAUUGAUACAGAGAGGACACCGUGGUAGUGCUGGCAACAACAACGGACGUAGUGGGCGAGAUGAUGUUAUGCUUGUCGAAGUGGAAACUCUGCUGCAAACAAAUGAUGUCAUUGAAUUGCUGGAAGCAAAUGCUUCCGAUUCCACCACCGUACGACUAGCAUGGGAUAUUGAUAGUGACCAAUACAUUGAAGGCUUUUACAUAUAUGCACGUGAACUGCAUUCAGCCGAAUACAAAAUGAUGACGGUAUUGAACGCAGGCGGUGGUGCCAGUGCUUGCACAGUGAAUGGCUUACAGAAAGCCAGCAAAUAUGAGUUUUUUCUUGUGCCAUUUUAUAAGAGCGUCAUAGGAAAACCAUCUAACGCACGUUAUGCCACAACAAUGGAGGAUGUUCCGGAAUCGCCACCUUAUGGCAUGGAGGCUAUACAGUUUAAUCGCAGCUCUGUGUUUUUAAAAUGGCAGCCACCCUAUCCGAACAAAACACGUAAUGGCGUAUUAACCAGCUACAAUGUUAUUGUCAAAGGCCUGGAUUCACAUAAUACCACACGUAUCUACAAAAACAUGACAAUUGAUGCCAGCUCACCGACUCUAUUGUUGGCCAAUCUCACCACAGGCGUCACAUACUACAUUGCUGUGGCCGCAGCCACAAAAGUGGGUGUCGGUUCAUUCAGUAAACCAGCCAUAUUGCGUAUGGAUCCACGUACACAAUCAUUGGACACUGGCUACACCAGAUAUCCCAUCAAUCGCGAUAUUGCCGAUGACUUUCUAACACAAACAUGGUUUAUCGUUUUACUGGGCUCAAUUAUAGCAAUCAUUGUAUUUCUGUUUGGCGUUUUGGUCCUAAUUAAACGUUAUCAAUUUAUCAAGCAAACAUCAUUAGGCAGCUUACACGGAAAUCAUGCAAUUGGAGCUGUACGCAAAUUCCCCACGCUACCUUUAAACGCAAACGGCGUGUGGAUAGAUCCAACUGGCGGUGUUUGGCGUCAAACUGGUUCGCCAUGUACAACAAAGGAACAGCUUCCAGAUUAUGCGCAGGUUACGGGACAGGGCCAAAUGCCUUUGCCAGAUUACGAAAGAUUAACUCCACUUAACAUGCCUGAUUAUGCGGAAGUUGCAUGCUCAACAUUUAAAAAUCCCAAUAGUUCGAAUGGCAGCAAUGGCGGUGUGACGACGGCAGCGUCAAAUGUAAAUGGGCUGGCAACGACAAACGAAAGUGCAUAUGAUGCUGUGCAACAAACCUCAAACAAUAAUGCCUCACUCUAUGAUAGCUGUGGCGCAUAUGCAACAACAAAUCUUGUGGCAAAUGCAAAACUGUACCAAAAUCGUUAUGCGACAACAGUAUCAGCAUCUGCAACAACAGUAGCAUCUACAUCAUCAUUAUCGUCGUCGGCAGCGACAACAACAUCGACAACAGGAAAUGUAAAUAAUACGACAAUGAGUAACACGGCAAUACCAACAACAACAAUAGCGAAUGCGGAUAAUAUCAGGAAUAAUGCUAGAGAGCUUGGAGGAGCAGGUGGUGGUAGUAUUGGAAGUUUUGGCCAACAGAAAAAUUCGCUAACACUUCAUAACAGCUAUGUCAACGAUGAUUAUCGUUCCACAAUAACGACAACAACAACGUCGGACAGCAUUUCAUCGGGUAUGUAUUCAGCACCACCCAGUCAUCAUUAUGCUGCGGGUGUUGAAAGCACUAGCAAUGAAAUAGGAAUAAUAAGCGAUGCUGCAGGUGCAGUGCACGAAAGUAAUCCCUUUAGCAACAGUAUGUUAACACUGCCCGAUAAAAUGACAGCCAGCACAGCCUCGACGGCAAUAUUGAGUGUUUCGCCAGCAAAAGCGACGUAUGGGAAAAAAACAACAAAAAAUUUAAAAGGCAAUGGUAGCCAGAAAAUUAACAUUACCGAAAACCGUUUUGACCUGAUGAAUAAUGAGCCCUUAGUGCCGACACGUCUCAAUCCCUUUAAUAGCAAUAGCAUGCAAAGUCAGCGGCAGCAACAACACCAGCAACUCUUGGUAGCUAGUAAUGUUUUAAAACAGGGUCUUGGUGCUUAUGCCAACACGACAUUGGCUGCACAAAUGAUCACUGGUGGUGGUGUUGGCACAUUGAAACGUCCUCGUAAUCCCAAGAUGUUCAAAAGUGAGAACAACAUCAACUUUGGCAGUUUAUACAACAAUAAAUCGCAAACGGGGCCUACUGCAAACCAAAGCCGUACAAACAACCACAACAGCCACAAUACUGUUUCGCACUUGGAUUUUCUAACUAAUACACACAACGAUAGUAGCUCGGCGAAUAAUGACAAUGACUUUACCGGUUUUAGUAGUAACUCUACCAAUCAAUUGUUAAACGAUUGGGCGUCUAGUUCUUCCAUAGCUACCAGCGAUUAUCAUUUCGGUAAUAAGCUACCCAGCAAACAACAUUUAUAUAUAAAAUCCAAGGAUGGCACUUGGUCGACCGUAUCUUCAGAUGCUUAUCAAGCGUUUAGAGAUCAGCAGCAACAGCAACAGCAAGCACCUCCCUCCUAUUCUCAUGCUGCAGGUGACAAGCCGCUUUUAAUACUACAACCCUCUCCCAAUCAUAAUCAAACCAUAAACCAAACAAAUUCCUAUAAUUCAAACACCACCACCGCUCCCUCUAGCAGUAUUCACAAUAGUCAUCAUAGUAGUAGUCAUAAUAAUCACACCAAUAGCUCAGUACUCAAUAAUGUCACCACCGCUAGUGAUAAUCCCGCGUCAAGUCAUAGUAAUAAGUAUUUCAGUAGUUUCAGCUCUAGUGCUCAUGUGUAACUUCACAAACACUAUUAUAAAUAAUGCGAACAAAACAACAAAAAAAAAGCACGUCGGUUGAUAGCACAGUCUAUUGAUUUAGUGCGAGCAAAAUGAUGGAAUAAGAAAAUCGAAAUCGUUAGGAGUAAAUGAAAGGAGUGAAGAUGAUAUAGGUAUAGUAAAUUCAAUAGAAUUUUCUAUAUAUUCUAUAGAUAACUAACUAAAUACAUACAAAACUAUACUCACAUAUAAAGCAAAUAUAUUGUAUAACUAUGUACAGUUAUGAAUGUGAUCUUUCUUGUUGUGGUUAAAAGAUAAAUAAAAAGAUUUUUUUUAUUGUUUUUGUUUGUAAGUAAACACAGUGCGCAUCAUGUUCUCAGUUAAGCGAAGAAAGGGCCCAAGUUUAAUAUUUGCUUCAGAAAUAGAUUGCUUUUAUAAAUUCACGAGACGAAUACGAAAAUCAAACAAAUUUCCAAUUACAACGAAUAAGACAGUGAUCUAACGCAAAAGAAAUAUUUUUCAAUUUGCAAAGCUCGCAAUCUGGAAUCAUAACUGAAUUGCUAUUUCUUCCUUACCUUUACCAAAUCGUAGCAUACCGGAAAAUUAAAGAACGAAAAACGUAAAAAAAAAAAAACCUAAAGCAUUCGAAAGUUAUUGAUUGCAUUAUUUAAGCAUAUCUUAGCCAUUAUUCUAAUGGCGUUUGAAGCCAACUUUAAGCAAUAAAAAUUUCUUGCCCAGUUUCGUACACAAAAAGGAAAAAUUGUGAAUAAUGACUUGUAAAUAAUUCAGAUAGACUCGUAAUUUAUAUAUUUAUAGCAAAAAAAAA